AUGGCCUGUUCGGCUGCCCCCGUGCUACUCCUGGCCAUGACUCUCCCCCUUGUGGGGCCACCAGUUGCCCGAGCAUCCCAACCUGGACCCAGUCAGGCGGCGGGGGAAUCUGCGCAGCAGCUGGGCCAAGAGAGUAGAGCAGGUGCGGCCCCCUCUUCUCCUGCGGAAUCAGCUCUGGUCUCAGUCUAUGCACAGCUGGACUUUGCAGAUGAGAGCUGGUCAGCAGCGCUCUCCAGGGCCCUGCCUCUGCCCCCCGCCUCAGCUUCCACCUCCCCAAGAACUCUCACUGGCCUCAGCCUCACCACAGAGUGUAAUGUCAAGCCCGAUGGGUUUACCUACUGUGCUUGCCUGCCUGGAUACCAGUGGAAUGCCAGCAUGUGCUCCCGUCACCAGCCUUGCCAACCCCUCCACAGCCACCAGCCCUGUGGCUGUCUUGUCUUCAGCCCCCCUGAAGCUGGGUACUGCCAGUUGCUGCCACCUGUCCCCGGCACCCUGAGCCUGAGCACCUGGCUGCAGGCACCUGACAGCACGCUGAACCUGACCUUCCUCACGAGCCAGGAGACCACCAACCUGAGCUGGUUCCUGCGACGGCGCACAGGGAGCCCCAGGCCCAUCCUCCUGCAGCCAGGGUCACACGUGUCCCUGAUGUCUAGCCAGGGCCAGGCUGUCCUCAGCAUCACCAACAUCUCCCAUGAGUGGGAAGGUGAGUACAUGUGCUGCUUUGAGGCCCAGGGAUUCAGGUGGGAGCUGCACCAGGUGGUGAGGGUGCCCCUGAAGGCGACAGAUGUGGCUCGGCUUCCAGACCAGCUCUCCAUCUCCUGUGCCACCUCCCCUGGCUUCCAGCUGAGCUGCUGCAUCCCCUACACACCCCUGGGCUACGUAGCUUCCUGGAGCCCUGCAGAGGGCAGCGAAGCCUCCUUAUUCAACACGCCAAGUGACCAGUGCCUUGUGCUGACCAUUCGGCACUGCCCUGCAGCUGACACCACAUACACUUGCGACCUGCAGAGCCCAGGACUGACCCCUCUCAGGGUCCCCGUCUCCGUCACCAUCAUCCAGGAUGGAGACACUACCUGCCCCAAAGACUCCUCAGCUGUUGCCUGGAAUGUCACCAAGGCUGGCCAUGUGGCACAGGCCUCAUGUCCAGUGAACAAGACCGGCACAGUGAAGAGGACCUGUGGGCCUGAUGGGGUCUGGGGCCCCAUCCACAGCAGCUGCACAGACACAGGGCUCCUAGCCUUGCUUCAGAGAACCCAGCUGCUGUGGGCAGGCCAGGGCCAGCCUGCUGAAGAGGUGCCACAGAUCCUCGCACAGCUGCUGGAGCAGACAGUGGCAGUGAGCUCACCCUCUGACCUAUUGGCACUGCUGGGCACCAUGACAUUUCUGGCCAAGGUGGUGGCAGACACCAGAACACAGCUUCAUCAAAGUGACCUGGAGGCUCUCCUGAAAACCACAGACAAGGUCCUAGACAUGGACCCCAGUUCUCUGUGGACCCUGGCCCAGGUCCAGACGCCCUCAGCGGGCUCAGAUCUCCUGCUGGCUGUGGAGACCCUGGCAGGCAACCUGUACCCACAGGACCACCCCUUCUCCUUCAGCCUGCCCAAUGUGCAGCUGCAGACCCAGCUCCUCGGACCCACGGUUCCUACUGACUACAGAGUCUCUUUCUCCACUCAGCCCCCACUGUGGGCACAGAUCCCCAGACGCUCGCUGGCCCCGCUGGUUACUAGCAAUAGUAACAUCACAGUUACUAGCCUGGUGCUGCGAAAACUGGACCACCUUCUACCCUCAAACUAUGAACAAGGGCUGGGGGACUCCCUCUAUGCCACUCCCGGUCUGGUCCUCUCCAUCUCCAUCAUGGCAGGUGGCCAGGCCUUCAACCAGGGAGAAGUCAUCAUGGACUUUGGGGACAGAGAUAACACCCUUCACUGUGUCUUCUGGGACCACCAUCUCUUCCAGGGCAACGGGGGCUGGUCAGAUGGAGGGUGCCAGGUGCAGGCAGCCAAUGCCAGCUCUACCACUAAGUGCAUCUGUCAGCACCUCACUGCCUUCUCCAUCCUCAUGUCCCGACGCACUGUUCCAGAAAACCCCACGCUGGAGGUGCUGAGUCGGGUGGGCUUGGGGGCCUCCGUUCUGGCACUGCUUGUGUGCCUGUGCGUGUACAGGCUGGUGUGGAGAGUCGUGGUGCGGAACAAAGUUGCCUACUUGCGCCACGCAGCCCUGCUCAACGUGGUGCUGUGCCUGCUGGCUGCCGACACCUGCUUCCUGGGAGCGCCCCUGCUUCCUCCAGGGCCCCAAAGCCCACUGUGUCUGGCGGCUGCCUUCCUCUGUCAUUUCCUCUACCUGGCCACCUUUUUCUGGAUGCUGGCUCAGGCCCUGAUGUUGGCCCACCAGUUGCUCUUUGUCUUCCAUCAGCUGUCCAAGCGUCGAGUACUCUCCCUGAUGGUGGUUCUUGGCUACCUGUGCCCGAUGGGGUUUGCGGGUGUCGCCCUGGGCCUCUACCUACCCCGAGGGCAAUACCUGGGGGAGGGGGCAUGUUGGUUGGAUGGGAAGGGAGGGGCGCUCUACACCUUUGUGGGGCCGGUGCUGGCCAUCGUGGGCCUGAACGGGCUGGUGCUAGCCAUGGCCAUGCUGAAGCUGCUGAGACCUUCACUGUCAGAGGGCCCCCAGGUGGAGAAGCAACAAGCCCUUCUGGGGGUGAUCAAAGCCCUGCUCGUUCUCACGCCCAUCUUCGGCCUCACCUGGGGGCUGGGCCUGGCCACUCUGCUAGAGGAAGUCUCCAUAGUUCCUCACUACAUCUUCACGAUUCUCAACACCUCCCAGGGUGUCUUCAUUUUGCUGUUUGGUUGCCUUAUGGACAGGAAAGUACGGGAGGCUUUACUCAAGCGCUUCUGCGGGGCCCAAGCCCCCAACUCCACCAUCUCCCUGGCCACAAAUGAAACCCACAUCCUGGAACCCAGCAAAAGAAGAAGUGAAAAUGUCAGUUAUGAAGAAAGGAUGACUUAAUUGAUGGGAACACUGAUCCUCCGAACAUUAGAGGUGAAGGGCAGGAUUUGGUUUGUUUGUUUUCAGUUUAGGAAAGAUGAAGUUAAUGAGCCCUCUUUCUCUAACCUUUAAAAAAUUCCAAUAUAAAAUUAAAUUUCAUCGAUAUAUGCAUGUAUACAAAAAGUCAUUGAUAUGAGCAAAUUUGUAAGAAAGCGUCGUAAAUUUUAAAGUAGAGAAAGGCACCAUAGACUGCCACAAGGUAAGAAGAUGACAAACACGUUUAAAAGGGACAGGAUCGGGCUAAGGCUAGACACAGAGAAGAUUUAAGAAAAUCCUCCAGCAGGCACCAAGACAUCCAUCUGAAUUAAUUUAUGGAAUUCACAAGAAAUAAUGACAGGAUUCUGAAAAAAAAUUUAAACUAGAUAAAUGAAAAAAUUCUGAUAAAGGAAUCUUUUUGUUAAUUACAAAUUUCAUGAAUAUUUUUAUAAAAUGGAAUGGGGACUUUCUCUGUUGAAAUAAAAGUGAAUAGCACAUACUGUUGAAAACAUUUUUUUAUAAACACUAUACCUUCAUUUAAUGAUUUGUAUGAAUUUUUUUGUGUGAAUAUUCUAAUUGUGUAUAAACUCACCUAAAUAUUUAUUUAAGUGGAUUUGAUCAUUUUUUCCAAUAGAAGAUAUCAACUCACCAGGACAGUUGCAGUGUUUCUAUGCUUCGGUCUUGUUCCAGCUGCCCGGGGAGGCAGGCAGCCACUUUGCCUUGCUGGUUUCCCUGGCAACAUAGUCAUGUCUCAAUGUCACUAUCACUUCAUUAGGAUUUACAGUCUUGAUUUUUUAAAUUAUGCAACUUUUUGAAUAAUUCAACUAAUACACUUUAGGAGCAGCAGAGACUCCUUUUCUGAGUACACUUUGUAGAACUAUGUUCUAAUUUUCCUUCUCAAAUGAUUGCACAUACUCAAUGCAUGCAUAGCUGGUAAAAAACACACUUUAGAGUCAGUAAAUGAAAUGACAUUAAGCCUUUGUUCACUUGGCUCUCACAUAUAAAAGAGAGGACUGAAAAAAGUGGCUCUGGAAGCAACUAUAAGUGAGAUUUAGCAGCAAUUCCAUUUCUAAAAAGAUGGCUUAAAGCAAUAAGUAGACAAGUAAACAGAUAAAUGUACGAAGGAUGUGCAAUGGAAUGUUAACAUUCUCAAAAAAAAAGAGGCACAAAUUAGGAAUACCCACCCAUACAAGAGGAAUUCUAUGUGGUCAUUAAAAACAAUGUGGAAAAAUGUUUAGGCUAUAUAGCUAAGUAAAACAAAAGGGUUCCAGAACAGCAUUAUAUUAGGCAAUUUGCUCCACGUAUCCAAAUAAAUGUGUGUACUGAAAAUACAUCAAACUAUUAAUGGUGGGUAUCUCUACUUGGUUUUUCAUUUUCUUCUUACUCUAUUGGAUCUUUUUACAAUAAGCAUGGAUUUUUAUAUUAGAAAAAUAAACGAUUUUUAAAAAGUUCUCUUGAACAUUUUGCAUAAAAAUAGAAACUUGACAAGCAAAGAAACAAACAAAAAACCCUUUGGAAUCUAGGUUUGUUUGUACAGAACAGUGGACAUGAGGGGUUCCUGGGAAAGCUUUGAACCCCCUAUUUGGAGUUCUGCUUGGGAAUCAAUUCUGCUUGGUCACUGAUGGUCCCUUAAGUAUGAAAGGGAAAAGGGCUCCUAGUUGAGUUCACUGCAGCUACAAACAUUGCCAACAUGUCUAAAUGCUUCUUCUCUUUCAAUCAUGUAUUUCUUUUCAGAACAGUAUUUCUGCUAUUUUUGUCUUUCUAGUCUCACAUCUCCUCUUAAUCAAUGAUCCCUCUUCAUUGAAAAAGCAGAGUAUACUGGUUCAAGUUCCAAAAUAAACCCCAGUGGGUACAGGCAGAGGGCCUCUGAGUCACCCAUUAAACUCUAAGAAAGACUGGGAGACCCCGAUACUGCUUUCUACCCUUC